GCUGCAGAACGGAACAAAUAAAAAAAAAAAGCAAAAAACCAAAGAAAGCUUUAGAGAUAGAAAGAGAAAGUGAAAAUAAGAACAAGGAGAAAAUUAGGGUUCUUUUUGGCUUGUGUGAAAUUCACUAAUUCAGAUCUAAUUCUUCAGAUCUGAUACAUUAUUGUUCCCUUUAGUGCAAAAUUUUCAGAUUUUGGGGUUGUUUUUGCAAUUAGUGAUAAAGAUGGUGGAGCUGAAUAAUUGUUCUAAUUCUGAAGAGAAUGGUUGUGUUGAUUCUCUUGAAGUUCGAUUCACAGAUUUCUGCAAGAAUGGAUUGUCCAUGGGUGAAAGCUUUGUGACUGAAGCAACAAAGCUGUUUAAUGACAGUAAACAUCUUUUACUGUCAAAUAACUCUACUAUUGGAGUUAUAACGCAGGAGGGUGUUGAACGGUAUUGGUUUGUGUUUGUUCUGUACUCGGUAAAGAGAUUAAGUGAGAAGGAAGUGGGAAAUUCGAGUAAUGGGAAUGAAGGAAAUGCAUUUUCUUUGUGCCAGAUUUUACGAGGGGCUAAACUCAAUGUUGUAGACUUCUUCAAAGAACUUCCGCAAUUUAUUCUAAAAGUUGGUCCAACAUUAAGCAAUCUGUACGGUUCAGAUUGGGAGAAGAGACUUGAGGCAAAGGAAUUGCAGACCAACUUCGUGCAUUUGAGCCUUUUAAGCAAGUACUACAAGCGAGCGUACCAAGAACUGUUUCUGGCUAGUGGUAACAACGAAGAUAAGCCCUCUGCUACUUCUAGUUCUGCUAUCCACUUGCCGCAAUAUUAUCGUUUUGGCUGGUUGCUAUUUCUUUCACUUCGCAUCCAUGUAUUCAGCCGCUUCAAGGACCUUGUGACAUGCACAAAUGGUUUAGUUUCGGUGCUGGCAAUCUUAAUAAUACAUGUACCUGUCCGCUUCAGAAAUUUCAACAUCAAUGACUCCUCACGGUUUGUUAAGAAAGGAGACAAAGUGGACUUGCUUGCAUCAUUAGGCAAAAUUUAUCAGACCUCAAUAGAUGACUUAAGGGAGACCAUGGAUAAAGUUAACUAUCUAAUAACAGAAAAGUUGAAGAAGAAACCUUGUUUGGCCUCAGAAUUUAGGACGGAGAACCUGGACAACCUUGACACAGAUGGUUUAACCUAUUUUGAAGAUUUAAUGGAAGAAUCAUGUUUACCUUCCAGUGUAAGUAUACUGGAGAAGGAUUACAGUGAUGCAAUACAGAACAAGGGUGAAUUGGAUGAGAGGAUUUUUGUCAAUGAGGAGGAUAGCUUGCUGGGUUCCGGAAGCUUGUCUGGAGGUGUUGUCAACAUGAAUGGAGUCAAGAGGAAAUUUGAUGCAAUGGCUUCCCCAGCAAAAACGGUUACAAGUACACUCUCUCCUUACCGUUCUCCAAAUUGUGCUAACUCAAAGAUGACGGUAGCUACACCUGUAAGCACAGCGAUGACAACUGCCAGGUGGUUGCGUACUGUCAUAGCUCCGCUACAGCCAAAACCUUCAGCAGAGCUGGAGAGAUUCUUGUCCUCCUGUGACAGAGAUGUAACAGCUGACGUGAUCCGGAGAGCUCAGAUUAUUCUCGAGGCUAUAUUUCCAAGUAGUGGUCCUGCGGAACAUUGUGCAGCUGGUGGGAGCCUGCAAAGUACGAGCUUAAUGGACAACAUAUGGGCAGAGCAACGUAGAUCCGAGGCUUUGAAGCUGUAUUAUAGGGUUCUGCAGACUAUGUGCACUGCAGAAUCCCAGAUUUUGAAUGGGAACAAUUUAACUUCGUUGCUAACGAAUGAGAGGUUUCAUAGAUGUAUGCUUGCCUGUUCAGCUGAACUGGUUCUUGCCACUCACAAAACAGUUACUAUGCUGUUUCCUGCUGUCUUAGAGAGAACAGGAAUCACAGCUUUCGAUCUCAGUAAGGUGAUAGAGAGCUUCAUCAGGCAUGAAGAAAGUCUUCCUCGAGAACUGAGACGGCAUUUGAAUUCACUUGAAGAACGACUCUUGGAGAGCAUGGUUUGGGAAAAAGGAUCUUCAAUGUACAACUCUUUGGCUGUCGCAAAACCAUCACUUGCUGCAGAAAUCAAUCGCACGGGCUUGUUGGCUGAACCAAUGCCAUCCUUGGAUGCAAUUGCAAUGCACAUUAACCUUUCGUCAGGAAGCUUACCGCCACUGCCGUCUCUACACAAGAACAACUUGGCCCCUAACGGUCAAAUCGGUGAUAUCCGGUCGCCAAAGAAAGUGUGUUCCGAAUAUCGCAGUGUUUUGGUUGAGCGAAAUUCCUUCACAUCACCUGUGAAGGAUCGAUUUCUGGCUCUCAAUAAUAUAAAAUCAAAGUUUCCCCCUCCAGCUUUGCAGUCUGCAUUCGCAAGCCCAACUAGACCAAACCCUGGUGGUGGAGGGGAAACGUGUGCUGAGACAGCAAUAAAUGUAUUCUUUGGCAAGAUUGUAAAGUUGGCUGCUGUCAGAAUCAAUGGCAUGAUUGAACGGCUACAACUUUCUCAACAAAUAAGGGAGACUGUAUAUUGCCUUUUUCAGAAGAUUCUCAGUCAGAGGACAAGUCUUUUCUUCAACCGACAUAUUGAUCAGAUCAUCCUUUGCUCUUUCUACGGAGUUGCCAAGAUUUCACAACUUAACUUGACCUUCAAAGAAAUUAUAUGCAACUACCGAAAGCAACCUCAGUGCAAACCACAAGUCUUUAGAAGUGUUUUUGUUGACUGGACAUUAGCACGCCAUAAUGUGAGAACAGGUGCAGAUCAUGUCGAUAUCAUCACAUUCUACAAUGAAAUGUUUAUUCCUUCUGUGAAGCCAUUACUAGUUGAGCUUGCACCUGCUGGAAAUGCAGAAAAGAACAACCACAAUGAUGGUCAAGGUCCGGCAUCCCCCAAACCAUCUCCAUUUCCGAAGCUCCCCGACAUGUCUCCGAAGAAAGUAUCUGCAGUACAUAAUGUUUACGUCUCUCCACUUCGAGCAUCUAAGAUGGAUGCCUUAAUUUCCCAUAGCUCUAAAAGCUAUUAUGCUUGUGUGGGAGAAAGCACUCAUGCUUAUCAGAGCCCUUCGAAAGAUCUGGAUGUAAUCAAUAACCGCUUGAAUGGCAAUCGGAAGCUUAGAGGCGCUCUCAAUUUUGAUGUUGAUGCGGGCUUGGUUAGCGACUCUAUAGUUGCUAACAGCCUUUACCUUCAAAAUGGAAACUGCAGAUCACCGGUUGCACAUGUGAAAACUGAGCAGCCUGAGUCUUAGUGCUGAAGAACUUGCAUGUAAAUAACACUUUUGGUUUAUGACAUUUCUUUUUUAGUAUUAAGCUACGCUAAGGUAGAGCGGUAAGUUAUUGUAAAAUCGCCGCCACCAACCUGGUAGUUCUUUAUCUGUUGAUUUCUGAUUCUGGGAAUAUAUAUAGAUGGCUAUUUCCCCUAAUAAGAGUAUUAGUUUUACUUCAA